AAAAAUAAAACUAAGUAAUGUAGAGUUAAGGUUCUUUGACAUUUCACUUUGUCUCACUUGUCUGUAUGACUGUGUGAUGUUUCAAUGAGAUAUCAAUGACAGUUUACAAGUUAAGCAUUCUUAAAUUAAAUGGGAGAUAAUAUAAAAGUUAGGCACGGUAGAGUUAUGGUUCUUGAAAACUGCAUUUUCUCUGAAGUCUAUCACUGUUAAAGUUUUAUCCAAAUUCCUUCAAUACUUUUCAAGUUAUUCUUGAUAUGACUUUCUGUUUGUACCUUAAAAAAAACCAGAGGUUCGGCAUUUACAGUACACUGUCUAAUGGUAUACAAUUAUUUCCCUGAUUUUAUGUUAACUAUUUAUUUUUACAGAAGUCAAAAUGAUGGAUUUGAACAAGGUAAAAGUGUUGGGAGAAACCAGGGGAAGACUGAGGGUAACAGACUGGGCUGGGAAAAAGGAGCUGCAAUUGGAUCAGAGAUUGGUUUCUAUGGGGGAUAUGCAAGGUCACUGCUAGAAGAAAUGCAAGAUGCUAAACCAAGAGUUGUUAAAACAUUAGAGAGAAUUAUUAAAGCAGCUGAAGAUUUCCCUCUAUCAGAUCCUCUACAUCCAGAACUGCAGAGUAAACUUGAAGAAUUACGUACAAAAUUUAAACAGGUGUGCUCACAAUUGGGUAUCAAACAGGAAGCUCCAAGCAGUUCAGAGAAUAAAGGAAUAUCUUUCUGAGAUGUCUCCAUAGUAAAGUUAACAGUGAUGAAGUUAGCCUCAGGCCAAGUUGAAGGAUGCCAUUUGUUUGCCCUGAGGAAGGAGGGGUGUAAUGAAAUUAACACAAUUGAAGAUGAAUGAAAUGGACAUUUUGGGACCAAAAUGGUUACCUGAAUAUGACAUUAAUUUAAUGGAGAAAUUAUGUGCCAUUCGUUACUGAAAAACCAAUGAAUAAAAUUAUUUUAAUCAAAACA